UUACCCCCUUCGAUUUCGAAAAGAUAAAACAAGCUCACACAUGAAUACGAGGGAAAAAAUAAAAAAUUAAAACGAUAAAAAAACAACAGAGAGAACAUAUUUAUAGACAGAAAGAUUCUUGAAGCAGAAUCGCUCGCUCUCAUGGCUAACAUUUCCAACGAGUUGUUAUCUUUUAGGGCAAAUCUCAUUUCCUUUUUGUGAUUUCCAAAAAAAAGAUAAAACCCUUGGAGAGAGAAAGUGUGCAAUUAGGUCGUCACUAAUUGCCUCAAAGCCCUUCCCUAGCUUAUUAAUUUCGUAAUUCAGCGAACUCUUUUGCAGACUUCAAUCAAUGGCUUCACAAGAUCACCUUACCCAUGACCACCACCAUCAUGACCAUGAUCACCACCACCAUCAGCAUGACCAUACCCAUGAUGAGAAAACAUCAUCAAGGGUAGGCCCAGAUGGGAGGGUGUACCAUAGCCAUGAUGGACUAGCACCACAUUCACAUGAGCCCAUAUACUCUCCUGGCUUCUUUAGCAGGAGAGCACAACCAAUCCUCACAAGGGAUUUCAAUGAAAGAGCUUUCACUGUUGGUAUUGGUGGCCCUGUGGGUACUGGGAAAACAGCUUUGAUGCUGUCUUUAUGUAAAUUGUUGCGGGACAAGUACAGUCUUGCUGCUGUAACAAAUGACAUAUUCACGAAAGAGGAUGGUGAGUUCUUGAUUAAGCAUGGAGCACUUCCUGAGGAGAGGAUCCGUGCUGUUGAAACUGGAGGCUGCCCACAUGCUGCAAUUCGUGAAGAUAUCAGCAUUAACCUUGGCCCUCUUGAGGAGCUUUCUAACUUGUUCAAAGCAGACCUUCUUCUUUGUGAAUCUGGUGGAGAUAAUUUGGCUGCCAACUUCAGCAGGGAACUGGCUGACUAUAUCAUCUAUAUAAUAGAUGUAUCUGGCGGUGAUAAAAUUCCUCGGAAAGGUGGCCCAGGCAUCACCCAAGCUGAUCUCCUUGUUAUCAACAAGACUGACCUUGCACCAGCAGUUGGAGCUGACUUAGUUGUCAUGGAGCGUGAUGCACUUAGAAUGCGGGAUGGAGGGCCAUUUGUUUUUGCUCAGGUGAAGCAUGGAGUUGGCAUAGAGGAAAUUGUGAAUCACAUUUUACAAGGUUGGGAAGUAGCUACUGGGAAAAAACGCCAUUAACCUGGUGCAUCCGAAGGUUGACUUGGCAUGUCUCUGUCUCAAUCUGGUUUCAGCUACUUAAUUUGGUGCUUUCUUGGGUCUUUAUUAGAAGUAAAGGUGAUAAUAUAGGUAUUGCAUGUUUAGUUGAAGCGAGUUGAGAGCUUGAAAUAAAUGUAUCAGAUUGCAAUAAUUGAUUACUUUAUGUUUCGAUCACAACCAGCCUUGCACUAUUGCAUCAAUAAAACUAUCAGAGCAUGGUGCCAUGCAACAUGACAUUUUA